AUGCAAACGUUAUUUAGUUUCAACAUUCGAAUAAACAGAGGAAGAAAAAUGCACUCGGUUAUCCCAGCUAGUUUUGUUACACAAGCAACUCGACGUAGUCAGAAUAAUGACCAGGGUAGAAACAUAGUUGCUGCCGUAUUCAGUGCACUGCUUAUUGUGCUGUUGAUCAUGGCUUUAGCACUUCCUAAUUGGUAUCAUCUAAAAGGUGGGGGAUGCACUCGGCAAGUACUUGGGACUGAACAGUUUUUUUACGUUGGUUCCUUCAAAGCUGUAACUGUUCCUGCUGUUGGAAAUUUGUCUUACUCUUCUUUAGUAUAUUAUGGAUUAAAUGAAGAAAUGAAGGAUUGUGUUACACCAGAAAUUGUUGCUGUGCAGAGAGCUAUUAUUGGUUUGUGCUUUGUGACAAUAUUUUUCAGCUUUUGCCAGUUUUAUUCAGAUUUAACUGGUGUGACACACAAGUCGCUAAACUGCACUAAACGCUGUGGUCUUGGAAGCAUUUUCUCAGGUAUUAGAAUUUUGAUAUAAAUAUAGAUCAUCCAU